UUGCAUCCAUGUCCAGUCUCAACAUACACCGAGAGAGAGAGAGAUAGAGAGAGAUGAGAGAGACGAAGUCAUAUCCGAAAGUAACAAGGAAGAGAACAUCAAAGGAAAGAGCAGAAAGGCUAAAUCCGUUGGAAGAAAAUGAAGAAGAAAAUGAACAAGAGAUUAACAAAGAAGGAAAAGGGUUUUACGCUUGCUAUCUCUUGACUUCCCUCUGCCCUCGCUUCAAAGGCCAUACCUAUAUCGGAUUUACAGUGAAUCCACGGCGUCGUAUUAGGCAACACAAUGGUGAAAUCAGAAGCGGAGCUUUUAGAACCAAGAAAAGGCGACCUUGGGAAAUGGUCUUCUGCAUUUUUGGUUUCCCAACUAAUGUUUCUGCUCUCCAGUUUGAAUGGGCAUGGCAGCAUCCAACUGAAUCAGUAGCUGUCAGGCAAGCAGCUGCAACUUUUAAAUCAUUCUCAGGAGUAGCUAAUAAGAUUAAACUUGCUUACACAAUGCUUAACCUUCCAGCAUGGCAGAGCUUGAACAUUACUGUGAACUAUUUCUCAACAAAAUACACAGAGCAUUCUGCUGCUUGCCCAAGCUUGCCAGAGCACAUGAAGGUCCAGGUUUGCCCCGUUGAUGAGCUUCCUUGUUAUACUGAAACGGAUGAGAGUUUGUUAGAAUUUACAGAUGCUGAAUGUGUAUUUGAUGACAAAGAAGACUCUGAGAACACUGCCAAUAUUUGUGGCAGUGUAGAAAUGAACACGACGGACAUCCAAGCUCACUCCAUUGAUGGAUUUUCAAGCUGUUAUAAAGGGGAGGAAAGUUCUAGCAGCAAAGAUACCAAUGAGGCUCAACAAUGCAAUAAAGGUGGCAACACUAGUGGGACGAUACAUGAAACGCAUGCUGAUACAAUACUUCAUAUUGAUGAGAACUCUGAUGAUGAAUUUUGGUUUAAAGAGUAUGGCAGGAGACAGCAAACUGUGAAGAAUACUUCUUCAGAGAAUCCUCCUACUGCAGAAGUUGAUCAUGCACUGGUGUGUUCAGCAUCAUCCCUUUGUACCGCCUUUUCCAUGGAAGAGACCAACAAUGGGGAUGCAUUAACAUCCAUGAAUAAGAGCAUUUCUGACUUGGAUUGGUUGAAUGGCGAAAGACUUAGAGAUGGAACUGAUAAAGAUCGACAGGCAAUUCAUAGUUUUACUCCCCCACAAGAAAUUGAGGUUAUAGAUUUGUUAUCUCCAUCUCCAGGAUCCAGAAUUAGGUCAAACAUAAAGAAGAGAAGAAUAUUUACUGGUUGUCCGGAGAUAAUUGACUUGACAUAGGCUCCUGACUGAGAAUUGAUGAGAUCAUUGACUUGAUGUGAUCUCCCUUGUAAUUUGUCUAAUUAUUCAGUGUUGGACAUGGAAGAACAAAUAAUGAGAAUCAUAAAUGAAGUGUUCCAAUGUUUAUUCUGUA